UGUUAAGCCUAAAAUUGUUUAUGUUGCUAGAAAUUGUGAAAGACACGGCUAUAUCUUAUUACUAUCAUUAUGUAAACUUCCAACAUUAUGUUCAUGACUUUUCUGAUUUCAUCGAAGUCUUCCUUGACGAUAAAACAAAUUUCUCUCCAUAUCACUCCCACAUUAUCGAUUUUUGGAAUCUACAUCAUGAAGAAAAUAUCUUGUUUCUUACUUUUGAGGAAUAUGAAACACAAUUAUUCCAAAAAUACAUCUUGCAAACAAUUGAGGACAUUUGCAAGGUCAAAAUGGUAGACCAGAAUUUCAGAAUUACUCGGAAAGGUGCUGUUGGAUUGCACAAUGAGGAAAUGUCACAGGAUCUUAUUGAUAAGUUCAACAAAUGGACGGAUAUGUAG